AAUUACAUUUGACUUUUUCGUUUAAGCCUCACUGUUGAACCUAAGGCGUGUAUUGGUGUAAGAGCACGCUCGCCCUGCCAGGGCUCCCGGCGAGCAUGGCGGGACACACGUCGACAGCCACGCUCAAGGCCAUUGUGUCCGCUAGGUCCUCGGGGACGUUAACACUCACAGGGCGUGGCCUAACCCAGGUCCCAUCUGCGGUGUACAACUUGGAGGAGCAACUGCCGGGGCACGAUGCCAAGUGGUGGGAGGUGGCAGAAAUGUACAAAGUUGAUCUGAGCCGCAAUGCCAUUACCUCGUUGCCGCCGGAGCUGGGGGUGCUGACCACCCUGACCCACCUGGACGUCAGCCACAACCAGCUGGCUGCGCUGCCGGAGACGUUAUCCAUGCUGGUCGGGCUCAAGCUGCUGGACGUGUCCAACAACCGGAUAGAGGAGCUGCCAGCGUCUCUGGCGGCGCUGCCAGCCUUGGCAGCGCUGCACGCCGGCAAGAACGCCCUGUCACUGCUGCCGCCCGGGGUGGGCGGGCGCCAGCAGCCGGCGCUGGCGCUGCUGUCUGCCCCCGACAACCGGCUGGUCGAGCUGCCGCCGGGGCUCAGCGAGGCAGCCAGCCUCACCAAGCUGGACCUGUCGGGCAAUGCGCUGGCGGAGCUGCCUGGCUACAUACUGCCGGGGCUCAGCUCCCUGACGGACGUGGACCUGUCCCGCAACCGGCUGCGCGGCGAGCUGGGUCGCGAGGUGGGUCUGCUGCGGCGCGUGCGGACGCUCAACCUGCGCGACAACCGGCUGACGUCGCUGCCGCCCACCGUGGCGGGCUGCAGCGGCCUGGUGGAGCUGUUCCUGGGCCGCAACCAGCUGUCCUCCGUCCCUCCGGAGCUGGGCAUGUGCGCCGGCCUGCGCACCCUGGAGCUGCGCGACAACAAGCUGACCGGCAUCCCGGCAGAGCUGUGCGAGCUGCAACUAGGCCUGUUGGACUUGAGCAACAACGACCUGAGGUCCCUGCCCCCAGAGCUGGGCUCCAUGUCCAGCCUGCGCUCGCUGCCGCUGGACGGCAACCCGCUCAAGUCCAUCCGGCGCGAGGUGGUGGCUGGGCCCAUCAGCCAGCUGCUCAAGCACCUGGCCAGCAGGCAGGCGGGCGAGGAGGGCGCGCCGCCGCCCGGCGGGCCGCCCGGCCGCCUGGGCUCCAUGAAUCAGGGCGCGGCGCGGUCAGGGAACGUGUUCGGGGUGAACGAGGCGGAGCUGGCCGCCGACGUGGCGCGCAAGCUGAGGCUGGGCGGCAUCGCGGCGGCGCAGGCGGCCGCGCAGGCGGCGCCGCCGCAACCCUCCAGCAGCCAGCAACCAGGCGGCGGGCCGCGCUCACGUGGCGGCAGCGCGGGCGCGGGCGGCGGGCCUGGCGGAGGCGGGUCGCGGGGCGAGUGGAACAGCGCCGCCGCGCCGCCGGAGUCGCGCGGGGGUGCGGAGCUGAUACUGACCAAGGCAGGGCUGCGGGAGGUGCCGCGAGAGGUAUGGGACGCCGGGCCCAGCCUGACAAAGCUCGACCUCAGCGGCAACCCGGUGCCGCUGCUGCCGCCCGAGGGCCUGGCCCGGCUGCCGGGGCUGCGCGGCCUGCACCUGAACGCCAUGGGGCUGUCCGCCUGGCCGCUGCCGGCCCUGAACGGCGUGCUGCCCAACCUACACGAGCUGCAGGUGUGUAACAACCCGCCGCUGCGCCAGCUGCCGCCCUACCCCUUCAUGGCAUGCCCCAACCUCGUCCGCCUGGAGCUGGCAGGUAUCCCGGGCGUGUGCACAUUGCCACCCGGGACGUUCGCGGUGCUGACGGCGCUUGAGGCGCUGGACCUGAGCCAGACCGGCAUUGGCAUCUUCCCGCCCGAGCUGCUACAGGCCCCUCGCCUGCGCCUGCUGAACCUGGCGUCCAACCGGCUGGAGGUCCUGCCAGCGGAGGUGGCGGCAAUGGCUAGGUUGGAGGAGCUGAACCUGGCCAACAACAACCUGGCCACCCUGCCGCCGCAGCUGGGGCUGCUGGCGCCCGUGCUGCGCAGCCUGGGGCUGGAGGGCAACCCGCUGCGGUCCAUCCGGCGGCCCAUCCUGGAGCGAGGCACGCCGGCGGUGCUGGCCUACCUCAAGGACCGCAUCCCCGCAUGACCACCGACGUGAUUGUCCCUCGUGGCUUGUGACGCUGAACGCGUUACAUUGUGUGCGACAGUGGACGUAUAGGGGUGUGCUCGGGCGGAUUCAGGGCCGCUUCAGCAGGGCGUGCGAAUGCGUUUGCUAGAGCCGAGAGGUACUUACAGCUGUAGAGCGGCGGAGACUUGAAAGGGCGAGAGCGUGAGCGGGCGUCUGCGGAUGAGUCUUGGGAUGGGCGUAAGCAGGACGGAAGAGGAGCAACAACCUGUUUGCACUGAGCGGCGGCCGCAAGCUUAAAGCAGACCAGGGCGGACCGGAGUUUUGGGCUUGACAAUGUCGCUACCGCAAGUCCGUAACGUCCGGCCAACAUGCCGUCGGCGGUAUGUACCGUAUACUUGAAUCCCUGUGCACUCGGGUUGUCUCCUCUUGCAACGCAAACAUGUUUUCCGUUAUUCCCUACUUGUUAUGUCCUUCUUGUACGUGAGGUCGUGAGCCGAGCCGCCCGAGCGCCCGAGCACAGCACCCCUACCGGAGCAGACAGCAAGACUGGGAGGAGGCAUACUUGCGCAGCUGAUUCAGGCUGGUUUCCCUGGGGCCGAAGUCAUGCCAAGCGGUCCUCGAGUCGCAGGGGGACCGCACCAGCCACCAGAGAUGCAGUGACGACAGUCACAGGUACAG